GCGAUAGCCUCCGGAUGCCCACCUUAGGGUGUGCCCAGGUGCGGCUCUAGACAUUUCUCUACGCUCCUAGGUGGAUGGGUGCGUGUCACUGUGUAUGUUUUAUGUCAAUUAAAAGAAAUCAUUGCGUGGAAACCACAAACUACAGAGCCCUGUGUACUGUGAUCUGACUUCGCGGGAAAGUCGAGGGCGAGGCUCAUUUUCUGACCAAAGCCUGGCGCAGGCCUUCCUUCGGAGACACUUAGCGGGAUUGACCGACUGCACUGGACGCUUUUUGCAGAGUGGACCAGGUCAGUUCCGUGACCCACAGCGAUAUCCUUUUCAUUUGGUGGCCUGGGCCAUUCCCUAGAGCAAGUGGGUGGCAGUGUGGCUUCCUUCACUGACCACAUCUCGGAGGUCAUCAAAGAUGUGCGGAUGGAGGGAACCAAAAAGGUGGGAGAAGGACCUGACUCUGACAAAAAGAGAAUGAAGUGAGUCGGGAAACCUUAAGAUCGGAGAAUCAGAGACUUAAAAGUCUUUGUAGUCAUCUGGAAGAGAAGUAUGAAGCCUCAGAGCUUCAAAUAAAGCGGCAGACUCUUAGCUACCGACAUCAGCUACAACAGAAAGAGGUAGAAAUGAAACUUCUUAAAGUGAGACACAUAGGGCUCAAGAACCAGUUGCUGGAGCUCCAAUCAGCCCUUCAAUCAACCACAGCGUCACCUUCCUUGGGUUACGGUAUCGACUGCUUUGCUUCAGCUUCCCGGGGGAUGACCUGGACUUUGCUGACCUAAUUUGGUCACAACAAGAAAUAAACAGACUGUCAAAUGAAGUUUUAAGACUGGAGGCUGAAGUUAGCCAUUGGAAGCAUUUUUCCCAGUCUUCACACCGGGAGCGAAUAGCGGCGAGCAAAAUGAAAUCUACAAACUGCAGGUUACCAUCAGGAAACUUGAACAGAAUCGAAAGGAGGCAAUUGAUGACCAUCAACUUGAAAAGGCAGUACUGCAGAAUGUCUAUCAACAGACACUGGCAGAAAUACGUCGCAGGUACCAUCAAAAGUCAAAAGGCUAUGGAAAAAGAAUCAAAGAACUGGAAAAUCUGUUAGAGAAGGAUGACUCUGGAAUCAGAGCAGCUGAUGAGUCUGUCAUUGAGGAUAUGCAAAACACCAUUCAAGUGCUACAGACUGAAAAAGUGGAGUCUACCAGGAAAAUUGAAGAACUUGAGGACACCGUCAAAUACAUCAAUAGCAAAUUAUCUUCGGUAGAAAGUGAGAGAGACGCUUUAAGGAGAGAAUGGGACCGGAUACAUGAGGAAAAGAAAGAGAGGAUUGAAGAAUGUGAAUCGCAGCCUUUCGUUUUGAGGCAAAGUGAUACAGUGACGGAAAAGGAAAGAAUUCUUUCCGGAGAGUACAGCGGUGGAAGAAGUGUCUGGACUGCGGCAAGUGCUGUCCAAUGCGGAAAAGGAGAUGACGCCACGGUGUAGCUCAAUCCAGGGUGACAACCUCAUUGGAGACGAUCUGAAACUUGAAGAGCGAGUCUACGUUUUAGAACAAGGAAACUCAUUAGGUCAAGGACGGGAAGCACUUCAACUGGCACUUUGGAAAGUGAGCCAUGAGCAGGAAGUCAUUGAACGUACGGCUCCAGGAGGUGUGAAUUUGGAUUCAGAAGGAGAGCAUUUAAGAUGUGACUUGGAGGCCGACGGACAAAAAUCCACUCAGGGUAGGACCGAGAAGGAACUCCCAACAGCAGAGCUGGGGGAGUUCGAUGGACAGAAACAAACCACACAGCCCAGGGUUUUGAUGACAGGUCAGCUAUCAGAACCACAAGAUGAAGGCAACGGCAUCAACGGCAACGUGGAACACGAUCUCAACGAUGAAAAGAGAGCUUGUCCAUUUGAAGAUGAGCAAAUGGACACAGCUAAAGAGUUAGAUGCGCAAAACGAAGAAUCACCUCAAAGUCAACUGGCUGUUAAUGAUUUGCAUCGGUCAGAUCCGUCGCAAACACAUAAUUUAAACAUCCCGAAGGAGAACGUUGAACUUAAGGAACAUAUUACACAAGACGAGGAGGAAUCUGCUAGAGCUGAGAAGGAGCCAGCACAGUCUCUUAAUCAAGACUCUGACAAUACUGUUGAAGAUGACUCACUUCGAGGGAGGGAAACGACGGUUAGAAAGUUGCAGCAAAGCCUUUCAGAAAUGGAAGAGCUGAAUGGCAAUUUAAAGAAAGCUGCUUUCAAUCUCAAGGUGGAAAAUGGAAAGUUGGUUUUGGAGCUUGAAGACGUAAGACGUAGGCUGGAAGAAACUACUGUCUGUAACCGUAAGAAUUCUCUGGAAAAAAAAUCUAUUACGCGGGCCUUAAAAAUAGAAAAAGGACAGUUAAUAGUAAAAUUGUGCCGGGCUGAAAAGAAGCUGUUGGAGAAAACAGCCAGGGAUGAGCAAGCUAUUAAAGAACUGACCAACACGUAUCACUUGUCUAAGUCCUCCUCCCACUUAGAGCAGGAGUGUUUAAUUCAACGCAGUCAAGAGAAAGACGAUGAAAUACUACAACUCAAAAAGAGUGUUGAGCAGAUGGAUGCCGACCAUAGAGAAACUAAGGAAAUGCUCUCCUCUGCUCUGGAGGAGCAUAAGCGAUUGACACGACUUAUUAAAGAGAAAGAAAUCUGCAUCGAAAAACUUGAAAGAAGGCCAGAGCUCCAGGAGCUAUUAGAGAAGUACGUCCAAGUCGUAAGAGAAAAUGAAAUUUUACAGCAAACCGUGGAGGAGCAAGACGUUCGUCUUGCAUCCACCAGAGAAGAAAAUGAAUUUCUGCAAGACAAAUUGGAGCGUCUGAGAGAACACAGCCAAACCGUACCUGUGGUCGACCCGCAAACGCAAGACCGUAUCAUGGAACUAGAAUCCGAGGUGUAUCAGCUGAAUGUAGAAAGAGUUUGUCUGGUAGACGAAAUCAAACAACAACAAAAGAUCAUUGAGGAUCAACGCCAAGCUAAGCUGCAAUGGCUUCGUGCUUUACAAGACCAGAAACGGAAGGUAGAUGAUCUAACACACCAGCGUGAGCAAGUGAACGUUCAACACGCUCAGCUCCUUUCAGCGAAAGAUGAGGAGAUUGAGAUUUUGCAGAACACAAUAGAGCAAAUGAAAACCCAGAUCUUUAAAAAACCCAGCACAUUCCUGCAAAACAUUCUGAUGUUUUUCAAGUAACAACGAUUCAGCAUCUUCCUGUAGAAAAACGGAAGUGAAAAGCAUGAUUUAUCUAAAGCUGAAACUGAAAGAUUAAGUAAAAGGAACAAAAGGCCAAGAAUUGGAGAUU